CUGGGCGCCGGAGGACACACAGCUGACGGAGCCGCGCCGCGAUCGCCUGGCUUCCCCGCCCGCCACCCGAGCCGCGCGGGACACACGGUUCCUACCGCAGCCCGCGGGACAGAGGAGGAACCGUCCGCGCCCCGUGCGCUCGGUCAGUCCUGGCAUACUCUCCCGCCGCCCGCGCCGGGCUCGGCACCGAGCACUAGGGUACCAUGAUCUGCAAGACUCUCUUCGUUCUUUGCAUCUUCACGGCAGGACUGAGGGUACAGGGCGUGCCUACAACAUCCCUCUUGCCUGUUUCUCUUCCGGCAAAGAUUACCCCUACGACAGCCACCUGGACGAGCUCUUCACAAAGCCCUCCUGCCUUCCCCACCAGUGGCACGCGCAGCAACUCAGUGCUUCCAGUUACAGCGGCAUCAGUGCAGACAUCGCUACUCCCCAAGAAUGUUUCCAUAGAGCCCGGAGAACAGGAGACCACCAGCCCAACCUUGACUUGGGAGGGUACAAACACAGACCCUUUAUCAACAAGUGGCGGGGUCCCCUUAACACCCACGCCCACGGAACACAGCUCAGGCACUCCCGAGGCAAGUGUGCCAGCUACAGGGUCGCAGCUCCCCACUGAGUCCCCUGCGCUCACUUCCCCUCAGGCUCCAGCCUCAUCACCCUUACCUUUGUCAACCUCACCACCAGAGGUUUCUUCUGUCUCCGUCGGCACCAACCACAGCUCUGCUGAGAACAGCACCAAGCCCACAGGAUCUCCAACCACACCAGAGUCCCCAGCAGAGGAGCACAGCUCUGGCUACACCCCCACUUCACAUGCCACCUCAGAGCUGUUGCCCACGGAGACAAUACCCCAAACAACUGUGCCAGCCAAAGUGACCUGUAUUCUGGUAGACAUGGAGACCACCACCGCCCCCAAAAGGGUCAUCAUGCGGGAUGUGGAGCAUGCGCUAAGUUCAGGCAGCAUCGCUGCCAUUACAGUGGCCGUCGUUGCCGUGGUGGUGCUGGUGUUUGGAGUUGCAGCGUAUCUGAAGAUCAGGCAUUCCUCCUAUGGAAGGCUUCUGGAUGAUCACGAUUAUGGGUCUUGGGGAAACUACAACAAUCCUCUGUACGACGACUCCUAACAAAGGAACGUGGCCUGGGAUGAGGAAUAACUGCUCUUUAUUUAUAAGUGCUUAUCCAUAGAAUUAAUGACAAGUACCUGAUGCGCAUUGAGCGACAAUCUUAAGCCCUGUUUUGUUGGUUUGGUUAUCUUGUUUUCCUCACUCUCCUCUGGAUGCUACAACUUACCCUUUCUGGUACGAAAAGAACCAUUACAUAAAGGUGAGUGGAGGCUGAGUUGCAGCUGAAAUGGGCCGACCUUGAGCCAGUGGAGCCAGACCACUGCGAUGGAGGCUUCUGUACCCACCACAGGACCCACUGCAAAAAGGACAGAGGAAGAGGAAUCAAGUUGUUUUGUCAGGGGGUUACUUUUAGGGGAACUUUUUGUUUGUGGAUUUCUUAAACUUUUAUUUAGAAAAUUACAUUAAAUCUCAAUGAGGGGAAAAGAAAUGAGUUCUGGGAGGAUUUCACCCUGCAGGUAAGGAAGCAGGAAUUUCUCAGAUUCCUUUUUAAUCUCUAUUUAUCUGAUUGUGUCUGACAGGAUGCCUGUUUCUUACCUGCCUAAUUAAUGAAAGGGGAAACUAGAAAGUGCUCCAGAGGAGGCCAGCCAGCCAAGGGGCAGAGUAGCUGAUUGCUGUCAGAUUUCAUUGUACCCUCUACCUGUUCUCCCCUCCAGGUCACCUGUCUCCAGGAUGCCUGUCCUAGUCCACAGCAGCUGGAUUCCCAGCCCACAAGCUUACAGUGGGGUUGUAGGUCCACAGAAAGCAAUGAGAUGAGCUUAGUUAGAGAAAAGGAAGGGAGAGGAGUGUGGAGUGAAUGUACGGUAGGGUGAAUGGAGGAGGGAGGAAGCUGACAUGUACUGAGUGCCUCAUUAAAGAAAAUGGGAAUCAGCUCUCAGUAACUAUCAGAGGCAACCACUUCUCAGAGGAGCCCAUAGAAUCCUUGCUUUAUCCCCACAAAGCAACUGGUUCACUGCCUUACUGUCUGUCGGAUAAUGGCUGUAAACUGUUUUUAAAGACGAUUUUUCUAAGGCACUAGUCUAUCUGCAAUUGCUCAUGAGGCAUUUGAAAAAGACACCGUGAUUAAUCCAUUUAUUCUUUGCAUACACUUACUUUACUGAUUCUGCCCUUUAAUAAAUGAAAACUCCUAGUUAGAUAGUCUUAAAAUCUUGUAUAACAAAUUUUGAGAAUGAACUGAUCAUUUUUACAGGUAUCCAUUUAUUGUAAUGAUUCUCAAUACAGGCAGUUUUGUACCCUGGGGACAUUUGAAAAUGUCUGGUGAGAUUUUUGAUUGUCACAACAUGAGGGUGCUACUAGUGGGCAGAGGCUAUGGAUGUGCUAAACAUCCUACAAUGCACAGGAUAGCCCACCACAACCAAGAAUUAUCUGGCCCAAUAGUGCUGAGUUUGAGGAAUUCUAAUUUAUUGCAAUUGCCCAUUGUGACAGAACAAGACUCCCAGAUUUUUAACUAAAUUAAAUGAUUUGUUACAUUUUUAUCCUUUUUAAUUUGUUGGCUGAUGGGUUGUUUUGAGCAUGCAUGGUUGUCUUUUUAUUUCCUUGUGUGUUCGAGAUAGCUUUAUUUCAUGGCUGUACCUCGGCCCUCCUAUAACAGCUGAUAUUAGCAACUGAUGUUCUGAUUUCGUGGAGUAGAAAACAUAUACUAGGUCCUGUUUUGAAAUGUGUUAUAUUGUUUGACAAUGUCAUAAAGAACCUGACACUGGUGAACUUUUAUUUUUAAACUUGGACUUGCUGCCAUGACUCUGUUAGUUUCCAGAAACUUGACCCUUAGCUCAACCUGUCACUUGCUGCGGCCCAGCAAAGUACUGGCAUGUGAACCACAGUUGCCGUGCUGUCCUAAACCCCUCUGGUAUCAAAGACACCAGUAUCCAGGCCAUUUCUACAAACCUGCCAUUCCACACUCUGGUAAGAAUUUAUUCCUAAAUGCCUUAGGUACCAAAGGAGAAUGAGCAACCACCAGAGGUAUGUUACAACAGGAAUGGGUAACAAGGAAUGGAAUUCAGAUAUCUCUUAUUAUUUAAAACAAAAAAUAAAAAAUGGUCAGGAAUGACCAAUGAUGACUCCUCUGGUUGAGCUUGACCUAAAUAAUUGUCCCUUUUUCCUGGCCCCACUCCCUAUAUAGGCUUUCAGUUUGGCAAAAGAUGAGUCAAUAAAAACAGGACACUCCACAUAUAUUUUUUCUCCCUCAGUCACAAACAUUUUGACAAAAUAUCCAUGAAACACCUUUGAAGAAAUAGAUGCACUUCUGGAUGUUGCUUCCGUCAUAAAUCCUGGGUCAGAGGGACCAGCCUCUUUCCAAGGAAUCCUGACCAGUUAUAAGCCAUGGACUCAGCCAGCAUCUUUCCUUACUGAAGGCUAGGAUUGAUUGUGCACUUGAUGCAUUUGUUGCUCUGAUUAACUUCCAAAUCCCUAUGGCAAAGGCAGGGAUUUGGACCUAAAGCAGAUCUGUUCAGCAAGGUGACAGCUUCCUAUAAAAAAAACUCUCUAACAUUCUUUGUUAUAUUAGUAUAAAGUACCAGUGGGUUGAACCUGAUUUUGCCAAAUGUAUUUUUUCUAUUUCUGAGUUGGCCAAAGGAUUUUAGCAACCGAAUUCAACAAACUUUGCUUCACACAUGUACACAAUGCACACACACCUGAAAUAUAUAUGGAUAAUUGACGACCUUUACCUCAAGGAGUCUAUCCAGCUCUACCCAAGGGAAGUAGUUCCAGUGGAUCUAAACAACCACAUACCCUCCAGGGACAAGACUAGUCAAAGCAUCAGAGGGAAUGUCAGAGCAGGAGGGAGGCAAGCAGCCUCUUGUAGAUUACAGCUUGCAAAUGAUAAAAUAGCAGAUUCAAUUUUGUUUUCUUUUCCUGAGGCCCCAAUAAAGUCUCCUACCCUCCUUGGAUGUCUGUGCCAUCAUUUCUUAAAUGAGGGUGAUGCUUUUUUAUUGACCUCACCCAUGCUACCUUACAAAUGUGUUGUGAGGAUUAAUGAAAUCAUGUCUACAGUGUUUUAAGUUUCUUCAGAAAAAUAUUUAUAGACAUUUUAAGUAUUUUAAGUAUUACACAAGUAUAUAAGUGCUCUCAGUUUCUUAUCUGUUGUCAUACUGGUGUGUCAUUUUUACUUGUCUAUAAAACAACGGCUUUGUCAUAGCUACAUCAAACAGCUGUUUCAGCUCUAGGCUACCCCCCACAAUGUAGCUGACUGACUGAGGGUUAACUGUGCUCGGGACCACAAAGGCUAGUUUCCAUCACCAUAUGAAGGAUGGCCCUAGACAUAGGUUUCACAGGCUGUUGAGUUAGGAUUCAAGAGGUUAGGGUAGCACGGUAUGGAUACCUGAACACUAACAGAAAUAGACCUCUGGCCUUUACCAUCUUGGGGUCUUCUGAGUUCCUUUGUGGAGUUGAUUUUAGUUUGAUGUCAUCUGUUUGCCCUUCAUCUUGCUUGCAAGGGUGCAUGGUUCAAUCCCUUGCAUCUGGGAAACGAAUUUUGCAACUGGGCCGGAUGCAGAUUUGUACGAUGAUUCACCUUCUUUGCCUUUAACUUCUUUUUGGCAAAUAAAUGUACCAUUUCAACUUUGAUUUCAAAGUGCUAGGUGAUAUUGGUUAUAGUGCUAAGAGACCAACACCAGAUUGCUUUCUUGGGGUGAGUUGGCCAACAUCAUUUAAGGAUGGAAAGAUGUGCAACUUCUUUGAUAUUUAAUGUAAUUGUAUCUACUUUUGUUGUAUGGCAUAUUGCAUAUCAAUUAUAAUUAUAUCAAUUAAAAUUGUUAAAAGCUUG